CUGCGGCCAUUUGCCACUGAUUCGUUCUCAUUCGAUCAUCGUUGAGGGCUUGGACUACUUCAUCAUGUUCUCCUUCAACCUCGCUAAAACCCCGUUGUUUUCUAGGGUUUCAAGGCCUCCAAGCUUCCAUUCUCGAAGCCCUUCCUCUCCAAUCCUCCAUUGGAGAACAAUUGGGCUGUGCAUUGAUGGCCUCUCCCCGAAACCUAGAGAUUUUUCAACUGAUUCGCCGCGGAGGGUCGCCAGAAACUCUGGAAAGUCGCUGCCUUGGAUGGCAACGAAUAGAGAAAGGGAAUCGAGAAGAGAAGAGAAGAGUUCUUCGUGGGAAGCAUCAGCGGAGAGGUACUUCUCUAGAAAUGGUGGAAAGAAGUUGGAAGAAAAGCUGAAGAAGGUUGAGGUUGAGGUAGUAGAAUCGGAGGAGGAAGAGAGUGUUGAUGAUUCGAGAUGGGAUAGAAUGAGGGCCAGGUACUCUAGGUUUGAGAGGCCUGAGGCUCGCCGGUGGAACAAACAGGAGAGUUGGGACCGGAAAAUGGGAAAGGAGGCUGCGGAGUCUUCGGUGCCAAAGAUUGUUGGGCAGGGUGUUUAUGGUGUUGGACCGGUUUUAGCAGCAUUGUCAGUGAAAAGGAGGGAGCUUUAUGCUCUCUAUGUGCAGCAAGGAUUGGAUUUGAGUGGAAACAAUAGGAGGAAGAAGGACAAGAGAGGAGUGGAGAAUGUUUUGAAGAUGGCUGAGGAGAUUGGAUUGAAGAUUGUUGAGACCUCGAAGCAUGAUCUUAACAUGGUGGUUGAUAACAGGCCUCAUCAAGGUUUGGUUUUAGAUGCAUCUCCGUUGGAAAUGGUUAGUAUAAGAGAAUUGGAACCGAUGCUGGUGGAAGGUGGAAGAGUUCCUCCUCUUUGGGUGGCUUUGGAUGAGGUUACAGAUCCUCAGAAUUUGGGAGCCAUUGUUAGGUCUGCUUAUUUUUUUGGGGCUGAAGGGGUGGUUGUUUGUGCGAAGAACUCAGCACCUCUUAGCGGUGUGGUCAGCAAAGCGAGUGCUGGAUCACUUGAGCUAAUUGAGUUGAGGUCUUGCAAGAAUAUGAUGCAAUUUCUAACCGCAUCCUCUGAAAAUGGAUGGAGGGUCCUUGGAGGAUCGGUCUCAUCUAGAGCUGCUCCAUUGUGUGAAAUUGAAGUUGGGGUCCCUACUAUUCUUGUGUUGGGGAGUGAAGGGACUGGGUUGAGGCCACUUGUGGAGAGAUCUUGCACUCAGUUGAUUAGAAUUCCUGGAAACAUAAGGGAAGAUGUAUGUGCUGGAGAAAGUGAAACAGAAGAUGCAGAGACGGACAGAGCUCAAUCUGGGCAUGCAUUGAAGUCUUUUCUCACCGUUGAGAGUUUGAAUGUUAGUGUGGCAACUGGUGUGCUGCUUUACCAUUUAAUUGGAAGAACUACCAAUUCCAUUGGUUAGAAGUAAACCUGGCCACAGUUUAACAGAUGAGUUGUUAUAUGUUUGAUAAUUCUGGAUUAUCAAUUGUUUAUUCAAGUUAUAUAUAUUCGGUGGCGAGAAGUAUGAUGCA